AUGAAGAUUCCCUACGUUGUGAAUUUAAAUACAAGAGAAGCAUAUGCUACGUCCGAUAUUAUGAAAACAUCUCCUGGCGAGGCACCACGCAAAAUAGUCGCUGAGGACUUCGAAUGGGACGAUGAUUUCACCCCUGCACCCCUCACGUACUUUGCUGCUCUCUCUUUAUCAAGAGCAUUCCAUAAGAUAAACCCACUUAAACACAUUCUACAGAAAGAUGUGGAUAUGCUUAUGGACUUGUAUCCAGCAGAUAUUCCAUUAAAGGCUAGCGUACCUCAUAUUAAGGAUGAUCAAUAUUGGAAAAGAUCAUUCUAUACCGUGUUUCCAUCGAGAAAAGAAUUAGGAGUAACUUUUUGGAAGGGCAAGUUUCUGUCCGCAAAACUGCAAGAUUAUUUGGAAAAUGUCAAUCCUGAUGUUUUUGGAGAAGACGAGGCUGUAGAGUUAUCUUCGCUGGUAAGUCCGUAUAUUUACGAGUUAUCAUUAAAUCAAUUGCAAAUGGCGCGCCAACCUACUCCACCAGUACCCCAUCCUCGUCUUGUAGAAGAUACUUGCGAGUUUAGUGUUCCCAAGGUUUACGAUCAUAUACCAUUAGAGCCGGUACUCGCCAAAUUAUACAACCUUGAAGAAAUAUCACUAGUAUUUGGAAUAAAUAACCUACAAGACAAGUACCAACCGAGGUAUUUUGAGUUCACUAUAGCCGAUUGUGAGUCACUUUGUAGAGGAUUGGAGGAGUUGAAACAUUUAAGAGUAUUUCGUAUCAAUAGAAGUAACUUGGAUUGCUCUAAAGUAAAAAUUAUCCUUCAAAACCUUGUGAAGAAAGAAAGUAUUGAAGAAUUAGAUUUUAACCACUGUAAAAUUGGUGAUUAUGGAAUGAAAGCUCUUGGUGGUUUUAUUUCCAUUCAUAAUAAUAUUAAGGUAGUCAGAAUCGCCAACAACAGAUUUAAAGAAGUUGGAAUACAAGGAAUAGCAUAUGCUAUACAAAUGAAACCUGCUGCUCCCAUCGAACUUCUGGACUUUAGUUUGAACCCAAUGUCUUUGGAAUGCGCAACGAUGUUCGCGGCGUCUUUCGUCAGAUCAAAGGAAAAGCCACAAACUUUAAUCGUUAAUUCUUGUGGUUUUAGUGGAGCAUCCGCAGAGAAGAUGGCGGGUAUCCUCAGUUUGAAUCGAGGUUUAACUAGACUGGAUAUGGCAGCAAACGAUCUUUCUGGAGAUGCCGAGGAGACGCUCAUUCGCUCCCUUGAACAAAAUAGGAGAGUACUUAGGAUAGAUUUGCGUAGAACUAAUAUUUCAGAAAAAACUCAAGCAAGGGUUGAAGAGUUGCUAAAGCGUAAUAAAGACUUGCUUGAACAGGAGAUGGAGCCAAGCGAUGAGAUACCACCACUUUACCUCAACGAGCCCGAGUACCUCAUUUGGGAAUACAAUCCCAAUAACCCAGACUAUAUUCCAGGACGAUACCCAGAGAGGGUGCCUGAAGUUUAA